AUGAGUGAAGCAUCAAACCAACCUCAACGUGCAAACUCACUCACACCCGAGAUGAUCGAGUUCGCAAGCAAAAUGUACGACGCUGCCAGAAAAGGCGACGUAGCUACUUUUGAACAGGCUCUUCCUGCAGGCCUGCCCCCGAAUCUUACAAACGACAAGGGCGAUACUCUGCUCAUGCUCGCAGCUUAUCAUGGCCACGCGGGCUUGGUCAAGGUUCUCAUUCAACAUGGCGCUGACCCUAAUCGCUCAAAUGACCGAGGUCAGAGUCCUCUUGCAGGCGCAGUCUUUAAGAAGGAAGAUGCCGUGAUCCAAGUGAGUACAUUCCCCAACGGACCUGCACAGAAUUGUGUCUUGGGAUUUAGUGUACUGACCACGCUGUUGCGGAAGGAAUUGCUUGAUGGUGGUGCAGACCCUGACUACGGCCAGCCAAGUGCUUCAGAGUGCGUCACGAUGUUUAAGCAGGAAGACACGUGGAAAGCCAAGUUCGAUGCUGCGCCUGGAAAAGGACAAGCAGGAAAGACAAGGAGGGCAGAGAACAAAGAUUGA